AUGUUGGUUAUGCUAGACAUUACUAGAAGUCCAAUUAUCAAGGUAUGCUGAAAAUGGAAUACAAAACAUCCCUCUUCAUCUUAUUGUUGCUGUCAUGUCUACUUCUAUAUGUGUCUCCAGUGCGAAUCCCCCAGAAUCCUUGCCCCAGGAUAUUCUCAUACUACAAAGAUGCAAAAGGGCUAUUAUAUGGAGAAACUAAUAUCCCAUAUGAUAAAGCUACUUUCAUGACACUGAGCAUCAAUGCAUCCUUAGCUGGAAGAUUCAGUAACAAAGUGGAAUUGAAGUUACAACUAAAAACUGCCUUGAAACAACUCAUGGCCAAUGUUAGUACAGUGACUUACAAUAUUUUCUUUCCAUCCCAGGAGAUUAUUCCCAAAAUAACACAAAUAACAUACAAUGGAAAUGUUUUCUGCCAAGGACCACCUGAACCAUUGAUCCCAGGUACACAAGGUAUAACAAAUCUAUGGUAUUCAACAAUGUUCCAAUUCACCAGAAUACCAGAGUGGAAUCUGAUCCAGGAAUAUCAAGAUCCUGGAAUUCCAGAAUCUGAAAUACCUGUGAAGGACCCGGACGAUAACAUCUUAGAUACGAGGAUACCGGUAGUCCAGAAAAGGCCUACUGAUACAUCAGAAGAAAAUAAUGUCAGUUAUGGAGAAUAUCCAUCAAUGUCUUCAUUGUCUACCCCAACACCACAGGAGGUUGUCAGUCAAUUGCCUACUGUAGUGACAAGUACUUCAGAAGUUGAAAAACUAAGUUAUAAAUGUGGAAUUCCAAAACCUUCAAUAAGACCCCUCAUUCUUGGAGGUACCGAUUCUGCAGUCGGUCAGUUUCCCUGGCUAGUAGCACUAAUGUCAAAAAAUGACUCAUCUGAUGAAUAUGAGUACAAGUGUUCUGCCACCCUUAUAUCCCACAAGCAUGUGGUAACUGCUGGCAGAUGUGUGCAAUAUUACAGACUCCAAGUGCUCAAAAUCCAAGAUAUGUUGCUGGUAAUGGGAACCAAUGAUGUAACGAACUGGGAGGCAAAUGGUGCAGUGUCACGUAGGGUUAUCAAAGUUAAUACCCAUCCAGAUUUUAUGAGAAAUCCAAAUUCUGCACAUGCUGACAUUUCUGUAGUGACUAUGGAUAACCAAGUUAGUUUUUCUGACUUUCUCAUUCCUGUUUGUUUGUGGAUGGAAGACACAGAUUUGUAUCCCGUAACCAACAAAGUUGGUACCGUAGCAGGAUACGGCCAAGACGAGAUAGCAAGAAAAAAUGGUGCUCUGCAUGUAUCCCAUGCCAUGUAUGCCGAUAUGAAAAUUGUUUCCCAAUAUGAUUGCCUACUUUCAGAGAUUGGCUUGUUACAGAUCACUUCUGAUAAAACUUUCUGUGCAGAUGGGGCAAGCAAGGGUCCUUGUAUAGGAGAUAGUGGAUCAGGGUUUGUACUUCAUUCAAAUGGAGUGUACCAACUUCGAGGAAUAUCAUCCUAUGCUGUGACACGAAAUGGAACAUGUGAUCUUGAGAACAAAUAUGCAGUUUUUUGUGAUGUAGCCAAAUUUUCAAAAUGGGUUGAGUCUUGUAUGCAAAACUAA